UGUUCAACUGUUGUGCAACUGUUGAGUUCGCUGAACGCACCCAUUAAUGUAAUGUCUGAUAUUUUUUGGAACUUGUACUUUGGUAUCUUGGUAGAAAGGGCUAUUUGAGAAAGUCUGCAAAUCAAGUAAACUAUAGAGAAGAAGAAUUAAUGUAACAUAGCUCGCUCGUUUAAUUGUGAAUGUGAAUUGUGUAAACUUAGUGGCGACAUGUUGAAACUCGUACCUGGAAAACUGGCAUUUGUUACUGGUGCUGGAAGUGGUAUUGGAAGAGAAGUAUGUCGGAUUUUAGCCCGAGAAGGUGCCAAAAUCAUUGCAACUGAUCAGAAUAUCAAGACUGCUCAAGAAACUAUAAACACUUUGGAAGGUGAUGGGCAUAUUGCAUUGCAUGUACAAGUCACUAAUGAAGAAAGUAUUCAGACUGCAUUUAAAGAUAUCAUAAAGCAAUUUUUAAAGCCACCUACUAUUAUUGUUAAUGCAGCAGGCAUAGUACGAGACAAUUUCAUUGUGAAACUCAGUGUCGAUGAUUUUGAUGAUGUGAUUAGUGUUAAUUUGAAAGGUACUUUUAUGGUUAUGCAAACAGCUGUCAAAGCUAUGAUAGAGGCAGAUACAACCAAAGGCUCCUCAAUUAUCAAUGUGAGUUCUAUUAUUGGCAAGCAUGGAAACAUUGGACAGGCUAAUUAUAGUGCAUCUAAAGCUGGAGUGAUAGGUAUGACCAAAACUGCUUGUAUGGAGUUUGGGAAAUUAGGGAUUCGUGUAAAUGCAGUAUUGCCUGGUUUUAUAGAAACUGCUAUGGUUGCUGGUAUACCAGAUAAUGUAAAAGAGAUGUUGGUAAAACGAAUAUCUUUGCAAAGAAUGGGAAAACCAGAAGAGGUGGCAGAGGUUAUUGCAUUUCUAGCUUCUGACAAAAGUUCCUAUAUGAGUGGUGCAUCUGUUGAAAUUACUGGAGGGAUCAAUUAAAUCUGUAAAAUUUUGCUACAUAUCAGACUUCUAAAAAUAUUUAUCAAAUUU